AUCGGCUGAGUCGUAGCAGUCGCCGUACUCCUUCGUAUAUUUGAAAGUGUUCAGUUAGGAAAAGUGGUGUGGCAACAAACCACGGCGUCCCCUGGAAGAACGAAAGACGCACAGUUUUAAGUUUCAUUCUAGAAGCUUCCUCCGCGAGCCAAAUUCAAGUUUACAAGCAUCAAGUUGAAAACCGCCGAGAGCCCGGAGAGUCAACUUUCUAACAGCAUUACGCUGGUGGGAUAAGGCUGGAAAUGGAGGCAUUCAAUCGUGCUACAAAUACUUACAUAGACUCAUGGAUGGGACCAAGAGAUCCCAGGGUCAGAGGCUGGUUCCUUCUUGAAAACUAUUUCCCAACUUUUAUGCUUACAUGUUUCUACUACUUCAUUGUCUGGAUAGGCCCCAGAUACAUGCACAAUAGGCAGGCCUUUUCUUGCAGGACUCUUCUUAUCCUGUACAACCUUGGAUUGACGCUGCUGUCCCUCUACAUGUUCAUUGAGCUCGUCACAGGAGUGUGGCAGGGAGGCUACAAUUUCUUCUGCCAGGACACUCACAGCGGUGGAGAAGCUGACAUGAAGAUUAUCCGAGUCCUUUGGUGGUAUUACUUCUCCAAGCUGAUUGAAUUCAUGGAUACGUUCUUUUUUAUCUUGCGUAAGAACAACCACCAGAUCACCAUCCUGCACACCUACCACCAUGGGACCAUGCUGAACAUCUGGUGGUUUGUCAUGAACUGGGUGCCCUGUGGACACUCUUACUUUGGUGCGACGCUCAACAGCUUCAUCCACGUCCUGAUGUACUCCUACUAUGGACUCUCGGCCGUUCCUGCAAUGCGGCCCUACUUGUGGUGGAAGAGGUACAUCACCCAGGGCCAGCUGGUCCAGUUUGUUCUGACGGUCGUCCAGACGUCGUGUGCCGUCCUUUGGCCCUGCGGAUUCCCAAUGGGUUGGCUCUACUUCCAGAUCUGCUACAUGCUGUCUCUAAUCGUCCUCUUCUCCAAUUUCUAUAUCAAGACCUACAAAAAGAAGGACGCCUCACGGUGGAAGGAGCAUCAGAAUGGAUCCUCGCUGUCAAUGAAUGGGCACACAAAUGGCAACGUAAAGCCGAAUAAAGCGAGGAUCGAUUGACUCAAACCUGGCAGACGUCGCUAGCAGAUGAAGAAAAUCCUUUUAGAUUUCUACUGAAACCGCUUCCUAAUCGCCUCUGUGUUACUCUCCGUGGGUCUUCCUAAAACGCUUCUUGUACCUCCUGUCACUAAACACGUGUGGACCACUCGCUCAAAGCCUACUAGAAGCUGUCGCCUUCGCACACCACUUACAUGUGCCAUCUUAGUCAUGGGCACACAUGCCACUUACUCACCCGCUCACUUGGACCUCCUCUUUCUGUUGGGGCGCAGUGCGGUUUCCCUUCAUUUGUAAAUGUCGUGCUGCAGACGGUGGGUGCAGGUGGCAUUCACAUUGGUGUGCGGCUCUUUGUCACCGCCAGCCCCGGCGCCAGUUACAGGUGAAACUGGGGGCAGGUGAGUGAGGACCCUGCAGUCUGUCCUUGUCAACCAUGUGGAGCGCGGCCUUCGUAUUGCUUGAUGGCUGGCACCGGUCUGAGUGCUGAUGGCGCACAUCGGGUGUGUCUCUUGUUGCUUGCUUGACUUUGUGCUGUUCGCCCUCAGGUUACUUUGGCAAAGCCCAGCGUGGAGCUGAACGGGUUUGUGACUUUGACCUCUGCCUGUGACGUAGCAGUGCAGCCGCCAAAAAAGAGAGAUGGCAUCGCCAG